GCAUGAUGUCAGCAGGAGUGGGAGGAGACAGAGGCAGAGCAACAGGAUAAAGAGUCUGCUUCAGAGUUGAUCCGCACACCUCAGCUGAACAGCUCCAUCGCACACAGUGUAAAGCCAGACCAGCAACGUAUACAAGGAACCAUGGUGAAGCGUGUUGCAGUUAUUCUCUCAGGAUGCGGAGUCUAUGAUGGCACAGAGAUCCACGAGGCCUCCGCUGUCCUCGUCCAUCUGAGUCGGGCUGAAGCCAAAGUGCAAAUGUUUGCUCCGGAUGCAGAUCAGAUGCAUGUUGUAAACCACUGUGAAGGGAAACCUACAGAGGAGAAAAGAAACAUCCUGCAGGAAAGUGCCCGCAUCGCCAGGGGUAACGUGACUGAUCUGGCCAAGUUAGAUGUUUCAGCAUUUGAUGCCGCCAUCAUCCCAGGGGGCUUUGGCGUGGCAAAGAAUCUGAGUGACUGGGCAGUGAAUAAUAAGGACUGCGCCAUCCAGCCAGAUCUAGAGAAACUCAUCAAAGCUUUCCACAAAGCCGGAAAGCCUCUGGGCAUGUGCUGCAUCUCCCCCAUCCUCGCUGCCAAAAUCAUGCCCGGCUGUGAGCUCACUGUGGGACAGGACAAAGAGUGUGAAAAGUGGCCAUAUGCUCAGACUGCGGGUGCUCUGAAGGAGAUGGGCUGCAAACAUGUCAACACGGAUGUGGACAAAGCUCACGUUGAUGUCAAAAAUAAGCUGGUCACCACCUGUGCAUUCAUGUGCAAUGCUCCCUUUCAUAAAGUCUUUGAUGGAAUAGGAGUCAUGGUUAAAGAAACACUGAAACUGGCUUAAGAAGUCUGAAAUUAAAUGCCGGAUUUUUAUUGUGUGUUGUGUGCUAUAUCUCAUCACUCAUCAGACGUUAUAUCCUCAAUGUGUUGUUUUGAGAUUUUCAAUAAAGGUUUCUCCACAAAUAACAA